CUGGAGCUUACCACCCUAGGACUUCCAUUUACCCUAUGAUUUCUCGCGUUCCGCUUAUCUCGGCCCUAUCCGGGACGGCUCUAAAUUUCUUGUGAGGAACAGUUCCGACUCCUAUCGUUGUUCAACUUAUGCCUUUGCAUCUCAAACAUCGACAUCAGACAUUACAAGCCCGUCCUAGCAGAAGAGGAUGCCUUGCAUGCCUCCACGUCUUCAUCAAGGGUGUUUACCAAACGCUUUAUCAGCACCCCGAGCAGAAUGUUUCAUGGCCUUCCCUGCCUCUGUUGGAGGUGCCGAGGAGGCCUCAUCCCAAGCACACGCAUCUCCGUAGCAUCAGUGAGAGUCAGCUUUAUACCCAGCCUUGGGAAGAUGUUCGCCACACCUCGCAUCACUUUGCUCAUGCUCGCACGAGGGCACCGCCGCAUGCCAACUUUGGGGUAGAUGCCCUCCUUGAGCUCUCCAAUUCCGUGAGGGAGUCGCUCGCAAGGCAAGGCGGCUUCGGCCCGAGGGCGGACUGCAUGUCUUUCUUUUUAGAGCUUGCACUUCUCGAAGAACGAGAAGGCGUGCCCACGAUCAAUUUCGAGACAAUCAAGGUAGCUCGCCUGGACAAGCUCGUCGCCACUUUGAUCGAAUGCGGCCAGAUAUCCGAUAGCCUGCUCCCGAGAUACGUCCACGAUGUUGUCACGGCCGAGAAGUUGGACCAUCUCUGGCGGACUCGCUUCAAGCUUGACUACUUUAUGAUUGACGAGAUACGGACCCAUGAUCUGACGACGCGGUGGCAGCUGGAUGGAAGGCCGGUCCGUCUGCGAAGCAUUACUUUGCCCACCUCCUUAGCGCUCCAGGAGCUCGGCUCUACUGUUGCCCGUAACGUCAAGGCCAACAUCAGGCCUGGGGGGUACUUUUCCCAUGAUUCCUUGCGCCCAACUCUUCAGCUAACAGAUGGAACAGAUGGUGGCCGGACAUGACUUGCGCCCAUCUGGAUGGCGUGGUUGGGACGGAGUGCGAAAUGACAAGCAAAGGCGAUGACGGAAUUCCUACAUUGCCCCUCCUGAGUGGGAGAGAGGUUGCCAUCGGCAACAACAGAGUGAGGUAUCUUCGGGAGGGUACUUUAGCCGACAUGCAUCCAGCUCUCAUACCCCAAACGGGGAAGCAUGUCCGCGUCCUGAGAGGCCACCUGCUCCAUAGCCACUUUGCGCCAGCGGCCGGCAUCCGGAACGAUGGCUUGUAGGUCCUCCCGAAACCCCAUGUUUUGACAGCUAACUGAAAGGCUUUGC